CCCUCCACACACACACACACACACUCACCCCCAGCACCAGUCACACACACACUCACAUACACAUGUACAUAUAAAUAUGCACCUUUCACUUUGACAUCUCUCACACACGCACACACACACCUGAACAGACACAUCACCCCAAACAUACACACACAUUCACACACACACACACACAUUUGCCUGCUCACGACGCUCUGGGCUGAUUCUCCUGCUCACCUCUGGGAUUGGUGGCCAUCAGGCAGUGCUGCUGGACCUCUGCUGUACCUGGCUUCUCUCUACUGGACCUGAACUAGACAGCAAAUUCCAGCCAGACAUUAUAAAUGGACAGAGAUAGAGCAGACUGAGGGAUGUGGGAUGGAAGAGAGAGGAGGUAGGCAAACAGAGAGAGAGGAGGAGAGAGGAAGAGACCGUAUUACUGUUUAAAGGAAGGCAGGGACACUACAGAGACACUGGAGCAGCAUGUCUCAGACUAAGAGAUACACUUACAGCAGGACCACAAGCAGUGGCAGCAGCAGGAUGAGUUCAGACGGUGGGGGGCGACCAGUGAAGGUGGGCUCUCUGGUAGAGGUCAUUGGUAAAGGUCACCGUGGCACAGUGGCCUACAUCGGCACCACUCUCUUUGCCUCAGGAAAAUGGGUGGGGGUCAUUCUGGAGGAGCCAAAAGGCAAGAACGACGGCACAGUGCAAGGCAAGCGCUACUUCACCUGCCUGGAGAACCAUGGGAUAUUUGUACGCCAAUCACAGAUUCAGUUGGUGGAAGAUGGUGCAGACACCACAUCACCUGACACCCCUGAACCUGCAACUGCUAAAGUGCCUAGAAGAGAGAUUCUGGAAGCUCCUAAGACCAAUAAAGUGCGAGGAGUCAAACCCAAAAAGACGCCAGCCCCUCGUAAGACCACGGCCAGAAGGCCUAAGACUCGGGCAGGGGUCGGGGUGAAGGUGGGUUCUGGCUCCGCCUCUGCGGGAGAGAUGAGCAGCAGUGAACCUAGCACACCUGCUCAAACCCCACUGGCUGCUCCCGUUAUCCCCUCACCUGUGGGGGCACUCCCUUCCCCAGGAGCCCCGCCAAUUCCAGCGCCCAGUAAGUGUGACUCCAUGGACACACAGGAGGAGGAGGCUCUGCGGGCGCAGGUGCAAGAUCUGGAGGAGAAGCUGGAGACUCUGCGGAUGAAGCGAGCGGAGGACAAGGCAAAACUGAAGGAGCUGGAAAAACACAAGAUUCAGCUGGAACAGCUGCAGGAGUGGAAGACCAAGAUGCAGGAACAGCAGAAUGAGCUUCAAAAACAGCUCAAAGAGGCCAAGAAGGAGGCAAAAGAAGCCCUUGAGGCGAAGGAGCGUUACAUGGAGGAGAUGGCUGAUACAGCAGAUGCCAUCGAGAUGGCCACCUUAGACAAGGAGAUGGCAGAGGAGAGGGCGGAGUCUCUGCAGCUUGAAGCCGACGCCCUUAAAGAGAAAGUGGACGAGCUGACCAUGGACCUGGAGAUUCUCAAACAUGAGAUAGAGGAGAAAGGUUCUGAUGGAGCAGCUUCUAGUUACCAUGUAAAACAACUGGAGGAGCAAAAUGCCCGGCUUAAGGAGGCCUUGGUCAGAAUGCGUGAUCUGUCAGCUUCAGAGAAGCAGGAACACUUAAAGCUGCAAAAGCAAAUGGAGAAGAAAAACUUUGAGCUGGAUGUCCUGAGGGUGCAGAAGGAGAAAGGACAGGAGGAGAUGAAGUUGGCAGAGAAGACCAUAGAUGAACUCAAAGAGCAGGUGGAUGCUGCUCUCGGAGCUGAAGAGAUGGUGGAGACACUGACUGAGCGUAAUCUGGAUCUGGAGGAGAAAGUGCGGGAGCUCAGAGAGACUGUUACUGACCUGGAGGCUAUUAAUGAGAUGAAUGAUGAGCUGCAGGAGAAUGCCCGAGAGACAGAGUUGGAGCUGAGGGAGCAGCUGGACCUGAGUGCAGCCAGUGUGAGAGAGGCUGAGAAACGUGUAGAGGCCGCCCAGGAGACCGUGGCAGACUACCAGCACACCAUCCAGAAAUACAGAGAGCUAACUGCACACCUGCAGGAGGCAAACAGAGAACUGAUGAGCCAGCAGGAGGCCACAGCCGAGCCGCAGGAGCAGCCCGCAGAGAUGUUCGACUUCAAGAUCAAGUUUGCAGAAACCAAAGCUUAUGCGAAGGCCAUUGAGAUGGAGCUGCGUAAGAUGGAGGUGGCUCAGUCAAACAGGCAGGUGGCUCUUCUCACCUCCUUCAUGCCCGAAUCUUUCCUCAGACAUGGAGGAGAUCAUGACGGCAUCCUCGUCCUGCUGCUCAUCCCUAGACUCAUCUGCAAGGCAGAGCUGAUCAGUAAGCAGGCACAGGAGAAGUUUGAUCUGACAGAGAACUGCUCUCAGAGGCCGGGGAUGAGAGGGUCCAAAGGAGAGCAGCUCAGCUUUUCCGCUGGACUCAUUUACUCCCUCAGCCUGUUGCAGGCCACGCUGCACAAAUAUGAACAUGCUCUGAAUCAGUGUAGUGUGGAUGUAUAUAAGCGUGUAGGUUCUCUCUACUCUGAGAUGAGUGUGCAUGAGCGCUCUCUGGACUUCUUGAUUGACCUGCUGCACAAAGACCAGCUGGACGAGACUGUGAAUGUGGAGCCCCUCACUAAGGCCAUUAAAUACUAUCAGCACCUCUACAGUAUUCACCUAGCUGAGCAAUCUGAGGACUGCACCAUGCAGCUCGCUGACCACAUCAAAUUCACGCAGAGUGCUCUGGACUGCAUGGCGGUAGAGGUGGGUCGUCUGCGUGCGUUCCUGCAGGCGGGUCAGGACGAGACACAGCUGUCUGUUCUGCUGAAGGAUCUGGACACUUCCUGUAGUGACAUCCGCCAGUUCUGCAAGAAGAUCCGCCGACGCAUGCCGGGCACUGACGCUCCGGGCAUUCCAGCUGCUCUCAACUUCGGCCCUCAGGUGUGUGAGACGCUGGCGGAGAGCAGGAGGCAGCUGGCCUGGGUGAAUGCUGUGCUGCAGGAAGUGGCUGCAGCAGGAGCCCAGCUCAUUGCCCCACUCGGAGAACAUGAGGGACUGCCCACCCUCAAACUGGAGGACAUGGCCUUCAAAGCAGCUGAACAGAUCUACGGCUCUCAGGGUAUAAACCCCUAUGAGUGUCUGCGCCAGUCCUGCAGUGUUGUCAUAGCAACCAUGAACAAGAUGGCCACUGCUAUGCAGGAGGGCGAGUAUGACUCUGAGAAGCCACAGUGCGGGAUUGCUCCAGUGAAUGUGCGGGCGUCUGCACUGAGGGCAGAGAUCACAGAUGCUGAGGGACUGGGACUCAAACUGGAGGACAGAGAGACUGUCAUCAAAGAGCUCAAGAAAUCUCUCAAAAUAAAGGGAGAGGAGCUGAGUGAGGCCAAUGUACGUCUGAGUCUGCUGGAGAAAAAACUGGACAGUGCGUCAAAGGAUGCAGAUGAACGAGUGGAGAAAAUCCAGACAGUUUUGGAUGAGACCCAGGCACUUCUGAAGAAGAAGGAAAAGGAAUUUGAAGAGACCAUGGAUGCUCUUCAAGCUGAUAUAGACCAGCUCGAGGCAGAAAAGACAGAGCUGAGGCAGCGGAUAAACAGCCAAUCAAAGAUGACUAUAGAGGGGCUAAGAGGCAGUCCUGGCUCUGGCAUCGCCUCCAUUGUGACUGGUGGCAUAGCAAACGAGGAGCAGAAAGGUGCCGUAGGAGUGUGUGCAGCUGGAGGUGUGCAGGUAAUAGAUUCCCCGUUGCUGACUCAACAGAUUGAAGCACAGAGACUCAGCAUAAAGCGCCUGAAAAAUGAAAACAACCUCCUUAAGGCAGAAAAGAUGCGUGCUCAGCUAGCCUCUCUGCCUCCACUGAACGUGCCUAAGCUGGGCUGGAGGGAAGGCUGUAAGCCAGAGGUUCUGUCUAGCGCCCUGUAUCGAAAAACAGACCAACUGCUGGAAACACUACUGCAAAUGAGUGCCAAUGUCAAAGUGGUGGAUAUUACUGGAAAAUCUCCAGUGAGUCCCAGCGCGCAGCUCCUUGAACAGACUGCAAGGCUAGAGUCUCUGAGUGACACUCUGGAUAGACUAAAGGAUGAGGUGGCGGAGCAUGUGGUGUCUCAGCGGCCUGGCGCUCAAGUAUCAUCUGACUUCGCCACUUUCCCCUGCACCUCUUUCGUGAAGGUGAAGGAGGAGAAGGUGGGGGAUGCGGUGUUGGUGGGGCGUGUGAUGGUGCCGUGCCCUCGUGGGCAGGAGCAAGUCCACAGGCUCGUUUUGUGUCAGACCCAGCUCCAGCGAGUGCAUCGCCUGCUUCAGACCUAAACACAGCCUUCCCAGAGAUCAUGCCCCCGCCGCCAUGUCCCGUAAAUUCUGGCCUGCUUACAUUAGAUACAGCUAUCUCUACAUCGCUGUCGUAAGGUCAAGCAUAAUUUAAAGUCUUAAGAGUCUCAGUUUCAGUAAUGAUUGAGAGUUUUCAACACAGCAAGAGAAAUGAGGUCUCCUUGUUAAUCGUAAGAUAUAAUAUUCAUAAAUGAUAUUUAAUUCAGUCUUUAUUGUGCAAUGGGAUAUAAUGUAGGCAAUCCAACAGAUUUGGAUUGUACUGAAAUGAUUGUAUUAUUUAAAUUUGUUUUAAUAUUUUAAAAGCAGAUACCACUGUUCAGAAAAGCAAGUAGCCAAAGGCAAUUACGUCAAGCCCACCAGAUACAAUCAUGGUCGCAUGCAUUGUUUCAUUUCUACACUGCAAAAAGUUGUAAAUUGGCAAGUAAAGUCAUCUUAAAUCUAGUCAAUAUCUCUAACGUUAAGAUUAUUAAAACAGAAGGAUUUGCUUAUUAAAUCAUUAAGGAAUUAUACAUGAGGGAGUGAUAUAAUGUAUAAUAUUGUCACAGGUCGUGUGUCAUAGAUCAGCAGAUUAGUGCCAAUAUUACACAAAAUUUGGAUGAAAGAGGACAGGAAAAUAAGAUUGUUUAGUUAUCAACACUCCACAAGUUAAAAGAGUCCCAAUCAAUGGCCCGCAGUCAAGGAACAUCAUUUCCCAGUAAUUUUUAUAGCGGUACAUAUACACAAAUACAACUAUUGAUUAAGUUGUAUUAACAAAAUCCUAGUAUGUUAAAAAAUAUUGUUUCAUUCCAGCCAAUACAAUUUGUCUAUGUUUUUUGAAAGACUAUUAAGACACACUAACCCAUCAACAGAAGUAAGCCUGGGAGAGGUUUUAGUGUAAUCGAAAAUAGAGUCCUAAUAUGAUUUUUCUUGCUUGGCUGAUGGUUAUGUACAUUUAUAUGUAUAUAUGUACAUGUACAUUUAAAAAUAUUAUUUGAGUGGGGAGGUUUGUUUUUAGUUGAACAUAGUGAAUUUAAAUAUUUGAGAUUUAAUGAACUGAGCUGUAAUUAAUUUUGACCAAUGUAGCUGCAGUGUUUGGCUUGUAAGCGCUGCAUCUUUGCUAGGUUACCUGUAUGUGGCGGAGUAAUAUAUGGAGAUCUUCAGCUAGAAUGCAUUAUUGCCUGAUAAUGGCACUCAUAGAAAGUUUCUCAGCCAAUCACAUUGCAGAGUCAGAAAAACUGUCAAAUAAAUUUGACGUAAUGUUAUAAUUGCCUUCCACUUAUAGAAAAUAAGAACUUUUAGAUAUUUUGGCUGUAUUUAAGAUCCUAAAUGCUAGAAUGCUAGAAUCAAAAUGAAAAGAUUUUAUUGUUUUGCAGUGUAUUAAUUGGCCGCACAUCUCUUUGCCUUAAUAAUAGAUAGUAUUGUCUUGUUUCACCAGUCUUGUCAUGUUCCUGUCAGUUUUAGCUCACUCAUCCACAAACAAGACACAGUUUGGCCUUUUUAUCUGCUGAUCCAGAUUAAGAACUGAACUAAUUCUGAGAUCUGGUUAUUUAGGUGGUCAGUCAGAUUGUCUCAGUGUUACAUAAUGUGCGUCCUGGAAUGUAGGAGUAUUAAUGUUUUGUUUUUCUUGGAUAGAAUUUCCCACCUUUUUUCGGAGUGCAACCUCAAAUUUGUCAGAGAGCACCCUCAACCAAUGGCCAUCUUAAAUGCAGAUGAAUGAAUGAGCUAUUUUGGCCUUUAUUAGUUUGACACAAACAGGAAUUUGCAUGUCAGACACGCAAUAUUGAAUAAAUACAGUCCUCAUUUAGAAAUACUGUUCAAAGGUUUUAAUACCACAGUAUACAGUAUGACCUUUAUACUGCCCAACCCUAGAUAUGAAACACACAUUUACGGAAAGAUGAGUUGAAAUGGACAGCAACUCCUUACCUGACAAGAUUGCUGCUGAUAUCAGGGCAAAGCAACAUGUAAUGAAGUAUUAGAGAAGAAAGGUUGUAUCAUAUACCAUCACUGAAUACCUUACUCACUGCUGUCGACCAUUUCCUUUCUACUAGCACACUUUUUUGAAUGAAAUCAGAUCUGACUGUUUAGACUAUGUUAUUGGAUUUCAAUAACGUGAAUUUAACGUGUCAGAUUUAUUGUGUUUUUUUUACCAUUUGCACUACCUCAAAGAUCUGUGUCUUGUAUGACACAAAAGAUCGAGGCCAGAUUUAAACCACUUGUACCUAUUGCAUAAAUGUAUCCUUAGUGGAGGCUCAAAGCCCUAAUUCUAUUUCCUGGCUGUAGGAGAUGCCCAGGAGAAAGAAACACCAAUAUGCUAUAAUACAGCCAUAAUGAGCACAAUAAAAAAGCAGGUUUGCCUUAUUAUUUCUGUUCAUUAUGUCAUGACUCCAUUUGAUAUUUACUACUUUGUCCUUUUUACAAUAUCCAGUACAAUAGUUUGAAAUAACUGGGGGCUUAUUUUCAUCCCUUUAAGCAUUUUAAUUGUCAUGAGCGACUGUUUUUAAUUAGGAAAUAAACUCAGCUGUGGUCAGUAAUUCAAGGAACUUAAUCAACCUGUGAUAUGAAACUCUAGUUGUCAUCUGUAUAUUGCAUACCUAAAACAUCACAUGAAGCUAGAAGCUGAUGAGACUGAGACUUGAGGUACAUUAUAACUAAAAGCAGGAUUGUACUCAGUAUUGUAAAACCUAAAAUUGAAAUCCAAGCAAAAGUGCUUAAUGUGCUUUACUGUGCUGCUGAAGUAGAGAAUUUCCCAUAUAGGACCAUUACAGCUUAUAUCUGAGUGUAUGAUCGGAUGAUCCGUGAUCACACUUGACUAGCAAUAGAGGUCAAGCUGACAUUGAGGCCAGAGAAGACUAGGGACUAGGGAGGAGGAGGGGCAGAUCUGAGAGAGCAAAAUGCACAGUGUUUCCUCAAAGGUCAAUUAUUCAAGUGGUCUUAUGUACUCGGUGGUUGGCUUUGCUACUGACUGUUUGUGUAAGUUAUUAACUAAACUAUUUAUUGUGUAAAAUGUGUACUGUUGCUUCCAAUGAUGCCAUUGAUUGUGAAGAAUGUGUUUGAUCUAAACGAAGCAAAUCCAAUAAAUUGUGCUAGAAAUGAAGGAUCUUCA